AGUCAGAACACAGACCAGAACAUCAGUAUGACGUUUCACACCACUUUGAGUGUUGCUGGAAUCAUACUUCUCAGCAUAGGAGGUUCUCUCUGCCAGUUAGAUGUAUGUGGUCGAUCCUCCCUCAAGACCAAGAUUGUUGGAGGUGAGAAUGUGAAAGCAGGGGAUUGGCCAUGGCAAGUCAGUAUUCAUGCCACUGGCUUGGGCCAUUACUGUGGCGGGACUCUCAUCAAUAAAGACUGGGUUUUAUCUGCAGCUAACUGCUUCGAGUGGUUCAGUGCACCUCACAUAGUGAUGUACUUGGGGCGUCUGAGCCAAUCCGGCUCAAACUCUUAUGAGACUAACAGGACAGCAAGUCGAAUCAUCAAGCAUCCUAACUUUAACUUUUCUAAUGCUGACAAUGACAUAGCGCUGAUCCAGCUCUCCUCUUCUGUGACUUUCUCUGAUUAUAUUAGGCCGGUGUGUCUGGCGGCGGCUGGUAGUGUGUUUGCUGCAGGUACAGAGAGCUGGGUCACUGGAUGGGGCUUCCUACAAAAUGGAGGCGCACAGUUUCCUGACAUACUGCAGGAGGUGAUGAUACCAAUUGUGAGCAACAGUGACUGCAAUAAUGCUUAUGGGGAGAUCAAAAUAAGCAUCACAAACAAUAUGAUUUGUGCAGGAUUGUUAAUUCAGGGAGGAAAAGGUGCAUGUCAGGGAGACUCUGGAGGUCCAAUGGUCAGUAGGAAAGGCUCCUUGUGGAUUCAGUCGGGCAUUGUGAGUUUUGGUGAAGAAUGUGCUGACCCCAUAUUUCCCACUGUCUUCUCAAGAGUCUCUCAGUACCAAGACUGGAUCAAGUCUUACACGGGUAGCAACCCACCUGGAUUUGUUGCAUCCAACUCUAACUUCGGAAGCGAACCCAACCUCCUCUUAUUUCCACUUUCUCUCACAUUCUCUAUCAUGCCUUUCACCUUCUCAAUCUUUCGCACUUCCUAAAGAUUGU